AUGGAAAAUAAUGAUGUCGAUUUCAUCGAUGACAAUCAUCUUAUGUUCAAACGAGGUAUAUUUCAUCGUCGUCGUGAUAAUCAAUCACAAUCACCAGGUCAAUGUGUCCCAUGUAAAUUUGGUAUUGGACAUUGUUGUCAUCCAAAUAUUUGUGUUAAAAAACAUUUACGGCCAGACAAAUGUCUUCGUGUAAAGGGUGGCUGA